CUAAGAGACAAAACGGACCAAAAGAAGAAAAAAAAAAUAAAGGUGAAGAUAUCUUACAGCUUUGCGAUAAUGGCGAGAAGUGUUUGCGUUUGGUUUGCCUUGGCUGCAAUUGUAUGCUCUUUAUCGGCCAUUUCUGCUGAAGAAAGCAGUGAGGCGAAAGAAUUCGUUUUGACUUUGGAUCACUCUAAUUUUACUGACACUGUUAGCAAGCACGAUUUCAUUGUCGUCGAAUUUUACGCUCCUUGGUGCGGGCACUGUAAGCAUCUUGCUCCCGAGUAUGAGAAAGCAGCAUCCAUUUUGAGUAAACAUGAUCCUCCAAUCUUUCUAGCGAAAGUUGAUGCCGAUGAUGAAGCAAACAAAGAUUUAGCAAGCCAAUACGAUGUCAAGGGUUACCCUACGCUUCAAAUUUUGAGAAAUGGAGGAAAGAAUGUUCAAGAAUACAAAGGUCCACGUGAAGCUGAUGGUAUUGUAGAGUAUUUAAAGAAACAAAGUGGCCCUGCUUCUGUUGAAAUAAAAUUAACAGAAGAUGCCAGUAACCUUAUUGAUGACAAGAAGAUAGUAAUUGUUGGGGUGUUCCCAAAAUUUUCUGGGGAAGAGUUUGAGAGCUAUAUGGCACUCGCUGAGAAAUUACGUUCUGAUUAUGACUUUGGUCAUACUUUGGAUGCUAAACACCUUCCCCGUGGUGAAUCAUCAGUUGUUGGCCCUCUUGUUAGACUUUUCAAGCCUUUUGAUGAACUCGUUGUUGACUUUAAGGAUUUUAAACCGGAAGCUCUAGAGAAGUUUAUUGAAGAAUCUAGCAUUCCUCUUGUGACUCUGUUUAACAAAGACCCAAGCAAUCACCCCUUUGUUGCGAAGUUCUAUAACAGUCCCAAUGCUAAGGCUAUGUUGUUUGCUGACUUGAGUACUGAAGGAUUUGAUUCAUUGCAAUCAAAAUAUCGUGAAGUUGCGGAGCAAUACAAAGGAAAGGGCAUUAGUUUCCUUUUGGGAGAUGUUGAGGCUAGCCAAGCUGCCUUCCAGUAUUUCGGAGUUGAAGAAAGCCAAGUACCUCUAAUCAUCAUUCAGAGUGAUGAUGGGAAGAAGUAUUUUAAACCAAAUUUGAAGGCUGAUGACAUUGCACCAUGGGUGAAGGAUUUCAAGGAAGGAAAAGUUGCACCGUAUGUGAAGUCUGAACCUAUUCCCAAGGAGAACAAUGAACCAGUGAAAGUGGUGGUUGCUGACACCCUUGAAGACAUGGUUUUCAAAUCAGGGAAAAAUGUUCUGCUUGAGUUUUAUGCCCCUUGGUGUGGACAUUGCAAAAAAUUGGCACCAAUCUUGGAUGAAGUUGCUGUCCAUUAUGAAAAAGAUGCCGAUGUUUUGAUCGCAAAACUUGACGCAACUUCAAAUGAUAUAUUGGAUGAGAACUUUGAUGUGAGAGGUUACCCAACUGUCUACUUUAGAUCAGCUAAUGGAAAUAUUACUCCAUAUGAGGGUGAUAGGACCAAAGAAGACAUUGUUGACUUCAUUGAAAAGAACAGGGACAAAACGGUCCAUCAAGAGUCGCUCAAAGAUGAGCUCUGAAAAGACCAGGGUGGAUUUGAGCAGAGACAAAGAUACCCAGUUUCAUACAAGAACCACUGUGGACUUUGACUGAGGGAUGAUGCCACAUCUGCCAACCUGCUCUCCUCUUUUUGUUAACUGUAGCCGCCGCGGCUUUCGUUUUUUUUUUUUGAAUAUGAAAACAUGUGUCGAUGAAUAAUGCAGGAUCUGUAGCCUAAUACAAAUUCGACUUACAUGAAAAUGAUCUUCUCUGGGUUAGCAUAA